AUAAACAAUGUCGAGCAUGUCGGCCGGAGAAGUGCAGGAGCUGCUUUCUACUGUUCAGAUCGACGAAGGGCGCUUCGUAGGGCUGCUGACCAAGUUGAUCGACAAUGUGGCAACGCUCCAAAACAACCCUUCCCAGAACAUGGUCCCGAAAGAGGACAAUGCCAGCGACCAUGUGCUAGAGCUCUUGAAGCCCUACACCACUGAGAACGGUGGCCCGCUGGAGGUGGAGCGGGUCCACUUCACGCCGGGGCGCGGGAACGUCAUCAUCAAAUACCCAGGCACUGGGGACAAAACGGUAACCUUCCUGGGAAGUCACCUAGAUGUCGUACCGGCGAACCCGGAAACGUGGGAGGUGGAUCCCUUCCACCUUACCCGGGAUGGUGACAAGCUCUACGGCAGAGGGACGACCGACUGCCUCGGCCACGUGGCGAUGAUCACGGACCUGAUGGUGGAGCUAGCCACCAAGCGGCCGGCUCUCUCACGGACGGUGCUGGCGAUUUUCAUCGCGAACGAAGAGAACGGGGAGAUCGAUGGGGUCGGUGUAGACGGACUCCACAGCUCGGGGAAGUUGGACGAGCUCGGUAUCGGCAAGGGGCCUAUCUUCUGGGUUGAUUCUGCGGACUCCCAGCCGUGCGUCGGCACUGUCGGGAACAUGCAGUGGAUGAUCAAGGCCAACGGAAAGCUGUUUCACUCGGGCCUGCCUCACAUGGCCAUCAACCCGAUCGAGAUGGUGAUGGAGGCUGUGGCUAUGGUGCAGAAACGCUUCUACGAGGACUACCCGCCGCACCCCGAUGAAAAGAAGUACAACUACAAGUGCUCUUCCACGAUGAAGCCGACACAAGUUCAGUGCGCGAGCGGCAGCAUCAACCAGAUCCCCCCGCACGCAACAGUCUCCGGGGACUGCAGGGUGACCCCUUUCUACGGCGUAGACAAGGUCCAGGAGAGCAUCGAGAAGUAUGUGGCUGACAUCAACGCCGACCCGUCCAUCCUGCCGAGCCGCGGAGCCUUCUCUAAGUACGUGCUGCCAGCGGAGGGGCGCCAGGGAACGAUCGAUUUGACGUGGGUCACGAAGGGCGAGGAUGGCAUCGCCUGCAACCUCGAGAGCGAGGGUGCCGACGCACUGAACGGGGCUACGGCAACGGUUAUCGGUCAGUCGGCACCCUUCGCCAUCUCUGGAUCAUUGCCGCUGGUACGAUGGCUCCAAGACCAAGGCUACGAUGUGCAGAUCUGCGGAUACGGCUUGAGCUCCCGCUACCACGCAGAGAACGAGUACUGCAGCCUCGAGGCGAUGGGGAAUGCCGUGAAGAUUCUUGCGGGCACAGUUGCGCGACUAGAGAAAAACUAAACGUGUCUGACCGUUUAUCACAAUCACAGGUCAUCCUGUGACAAGCCAAAGGGUGUGUGCGAUGGACAUGUUUUGUCUUGUCUUGGUCUCGCUCGCCUGACCAUCACAGUGGACUAGCCCUCGCCGACCGCGACUCCUACCCUUUCUUCGUAGUUUUAUGUUUCGAAGUUUCGAAGUGAGUUCCCAGCAUCUUUUGGUUGAAGGUUUUUUCUUUCUCUUGUUGAAAAACCCGUAUUGUACAACCUUUUUGAGUGUUGUGUGAUGGACGGACGGGGGGUAUUUGUCUGUGCGGAUUUCAGGGAUGGUGGAGGGGGAGACGAGGGCCAUAAAGCAUGGAUUGCAUGAGACCCUUGCUUAACGCGAGGGCCCCUUGUAGAGGCAAGCACAUCCCGGGACUAAUCCAGAUCCAGAUCCUUGUGUUGGGAAUAAGGUGAACCAAUCGGCCGCGAAAUUCAAUGGACACGGGUAUUCGUCCGUCAAUGUU